AACUGAAUAUGAUAUUAUCAGUAAAAUCUGUAUAUAUUUUUUUUUAUUAAUUAACAACCCCAAUUAUCAUGAGAAAUAUAUUUAAAUAAUAGUAUAUAGAUUGGUAGAAUUAGUUAAUAUAUAUUUAUUAAUUAAUUAUCCUAAAUAUCAUAAUCAUAUAUAUAUAUAUAUAUAUAUAAUUUUAAAUAAUUAUUAUUUAGACUAAUGAUUUAUCCUAAAAUUAUGGAGCAUAUGACAAAUCAGCAAAAUUCUCUUUUCAAUUAAUAGUAUAGAUAAAAUUCGAUAAGAAAACAGAAUAAACAAAAAUAAAAAUAAAUUACUUUUUAUAGUUAUUUUUGUUUAUAAUAAGACAUAUGCCAGGAUAAUAAAGAAUAUCUAUACCAAUGGUCAAUUAUUUUGAGAAAAUGCUCAAUAACUCGCUGGCCUCCUUUGUUUUUCUCAAACUGGCCUACUUUGUAUAGUUUUUGUUUGCAAGUUGUAAUAAAAUGACCAAAAAAAUAUAUUAAAACUUACAUAAUGUUAUUUUAAUAAUGUUGACUUACUUAUCGUUCUAUCUCUCUCUCCCCAUUUCUCAAAUAUCUUCGUCUCUCUCCCCAAUUCGUCACAUAGACAAACCAACCAAUUCUUCACCCUCAUCGCAUCUCAUCACACCACCGAAAAACGCUGGUUUCGAUAAUGUCGUUCAAUCUACUUCUCUUCCCAUACUUUAUCCUCUUUCUCAUUCUCUCCGACUUCGCGUAUUCUCAAACAUUACCAAAACAAGAAGUGGAUGCUUUAAGAGCCGUAGCGACGGCGUUGAAGAAGAGUAACUGGAAAUUCAAUGUCAAUCCAUGCGACCUCACUUCUUCUGAUGGUGGUUGGAGAAAUCCUAACGCCGGCAAAGGAUUUGAAGACGCCGUUACUUGUAACUGCUCCUCCACCGUUUGCCACGUCACCAGCAUAGUUCUCAAAGCACAAGACCUCCAAGGAUCUCUUCCUAAAGAGCUCGCUGGACUUCCUUUUCUGCAAGAGAUUGAUCUAUCUAGAAACUAUCUCAACGGUUCCAUUCCUCCCGAAUGGGGAACCUUGCCACUGGUAAACAUCUCACUGCUUGGAAACCGGAUAAGUGGUCCAAUCCCGAAAGAGAUUGGAAACAUUACAACUCUUACGAGCCUUGUCUUGGAAUUCAAUCAGAUCUCAGGGAAAUUACCUCCAGAGCUCGGGAAUCUACAGAAAAUUGAAAGAAUACUUCUUAGCUCGAACUACUUGACCGGGGACAUCCCAAGUACAUUUUCAAAACUUACUACGUUAACUGAUUUCCGUAUAAGUGACAACCAGUUUAUUGGAGUUAUACCAGAUUUCAUCGAGAACUGGAUAGAACUUGGAAAACUGGUAAUUCAAGCAAGUGGUUUAGUUGGAACGAUUCCUAGUACCAUUGGUCCUCUUGGAAAGUUAACAGACUUGAGAAUCAGCGACUUGAAUGGACCUGGUUCUCCAUUUCCACCACUACAAAACAUGACAUCGCUGAAGACAUUGAUUCUUAGGAACUCCAAUCUUACAGGAGAAUUACCUGCUUAUCUUGGAUCAAUCACAACGUUAAAGCUCUUAGAUCUUAGCUUUAACAAACUAAGUGGACCAAUCCCAGAAACAUAUAGCGCUCUUUCGAAUGUAGAUAACAUUUAUUUUACAAGCAACAUGUUAACUGGGGAAGUACCAAGUUGGAUGGUAGACAAAGGAGACAAGAUUGAUCUUACUUACAAUAACUUCUCCAAAGAUCCAAGAACUGCAGAAUGUCAGAAGAAUUCUGUGAAUAUGUUUUCAAGCACAAGCCCUUUAGUGGCAAAUAACUACUCAAACGUUUCUUGUCUGAGCAACUACAUAUGUCCAAAGAGUAAGUCUUUGAAGCUAUAUAAUUACAUUAACCAUAUAGCUAAAAAUAUAGUAGUGCAUCUGAUUUAUCUUUUGUUUAUGUUGUCAGCUUUCUAUGGCCUUCAUAUAAACUGUGGUGGUAAUGAACUAACAAUCAACGGGACUAAGUAUGAUGCUGAUACAUCAGAUAGACCAAUCUUCUAUAACAGUAGAAACGGUUGGGUUUCUAGCAACACCGGGAACUUCUUAGAUGAUGAUCGGUCUCCCAAAGAAGUAACCUUAUGGACAAAUAGAUCAGAGCUUAAGAUAGCAGAACCUAGGCUUUAUACACAUGCCCGUCUCUCGGCCAUCUCCCUUACUUACUAUGCAUUGUGUCUUGGAGAAGGAAACUACACAGUUAAUCUUCAUUUCUCUGAAAUUAUGUUCAGUGACAAUGAAACAUAUGGUAGUUUGGGAAGACGGUUCUUUGACAUAUACGUUCAGGGUAAACUUGAGGUUAAGGAUUUUGAUAUUGUGAAUGAGGCAAAAGGUGUUGGAAGAGCUGUUGUUAAGAGUUUUCAAGUUAUGAUAACAAAUGGGAAGUUGGAAAUAAGAUUGUUUUGGGCUGGUAAAGGAACUCAAGCUAUUCCUUCAAGAGGUGUAUAUGGCUCUCUCAUAUCAGCUGUAUCAGUAGAUCCAAAUUUUAUUCCUCCAAAGGAAGCUGGCGCUGGAACUGGAGUUGGAAGCUCUAUUGGCAUUGUAGUUGGUGCUGUAGUUGCUUCUACGGUAUUUCUUGUGCUUUUAAUCGGAGGUAUUUUAUGGUGGAGAGGCUGCUUGAGACCCAAGAGUCAGAUGGAGAAGGAUUUCAAGAACUUGGAUUUCCAGAUUAGUUCCUUCUCCUUGAAGCAAAUCAAAGUUGCUACAGACAACUUUGAUCCAGCAAACAAAAUAGGAGAAGGUGGCUUUGGUCCUGUACACAAGGGAAAGUUGACAGAUGGAACCGUAAUUGCAGUGAAGCAACUAUCAUCUAAAUCAAAGCAAGGGAACAGAGAGUUCUUGAACGAGAUUGGUAUGAUCUCCGCAUUACAACAUCCACAUUUGGUUAAACUAUAUGGAUGUUGCGUUGAAGGUGGCCAGCUCUUGCUAGUCUACGAGUACUUAGAAAACAACAGUCUCGCAAGAGCACUUUUCGGUCCUCAAGAGACUCAAAUACGGCUAGAUUGGCCAACGAGGCAGAAUAUUUGCGUCGGGAUAGCAAGAGGAUUAGCUUACCUCCACGAGGAAUCAAGACUCAAGAUUGUACACAGAGACAUCAAAGCCACUAAUGUCUUGCUGGACAAGGAACUUAACCCAAAAAUUUCAGAUUUCGGUCUUGCAAAGCUUGAUGAAGACGAAAACACACACAUGAGCACACGAGUUGCAGGAACAUAUGGAUACAUGGCUCCAGAGUAUGCUAUGAGAGGUCAUUUGACAGAUAAAGCAGACGUAUACAGCUUUGGCGUCGUGGCUCUUGAAAUAGUUCAUGGAAGAAGCAACACGAGCGCACAAUCUAAGGCCGAGACCUUCUACCUCCUUGAUUGGGUACAUGUUCUAAGGGAGCAAAACAAGCUGAUGGAAGUAGUAGACCCGAGGCUUGGAACAGAUUACAACAGAGAAGAAGCAAAGACGAUGAUCCAUAUUGGGAUCCUCUGCACCAGUCAAGUUCCGUCGGACAGACCGUCUAUGUCGACCGUGGUGAGUAUGCUCGAAGGACACUCCACGGUGGAUGUUGAGAAGCUUCUUGAAGCUUCAUUCAACAGAGGAAACGAGAAAGACGAAGAGAGCGUGAGAGCGAUGAAGAAGCAUUACGCAAUGAUAGGUGGAGAGGUGAUGACGAAUGUGACUGAUCAGACUACAACCACAGACGGACCAUUCACGUCGUCUUCUACGUCCACGGCCAACGCCGGUGAUCUUUACCCUGUUAAGCUUGAUUCUGCUUAUUGGAACUCUAGAGUUUGAUCAUGCAUGGUUUAUGUUUUUGCAAGAAACAAAUCAAAAAUUAAAUUACGGAGCAAGUAAUUACGACUCUCUUUGUUUUGCUUUUUGUAAAGUAUUCUUUUAACGUUUAUUUAAGACAAUUUGAAGA